AAAAAAUCAAGACGACGAAGAAUAAGCAGUUGUGGAAAUUAAUAUCUUUGCAAUAUCAUCAAUGAUAAGAUAAGAGGAGAAAGGCAAAGAGAGCAAUUGGUAUACAAGAAGAGUUAAUAACUGUGCAGUUGGAUGCUAUGUGGAUUGUGAAAACGUAACGUCAGCUGUGAUUUGAUCAAAAAAAAAAAAGAAGAAGAAUAAGAAAAAGGAGAAGCUGAGGAAAAGGAACCCCCCACAGUUCUUAGAUCGCCCCCUCUCUCGUAAAUAAAACGUAUAUGUUUGUGUAUGUAUGUGUGGAUCCAUGGCAAUGGAAAUUAGUGUGAUAGCAGCAGAGCCAACAACAACAACAACAGCAGCAACAACAUUACUGAGUGCAAUUAUACGAGUAACUGAGAGAGAGAGCGAUUGACACGCAAAAAUAAAGAGCAGUUAGACAAAGAGAUUUCGAGAGAGAGUGAGAGAGAGAAAGAGAAAAGUAUUUACAGUUUGACAAUGCGCAAACGGCAACAAAUAAACGAUGAUGAGGCAGACAAGGACAGCAGAGACGAGAACAGAUUUCAAUUGGAUGAUGAGACCGAGACGGAGAUAGAGCGAGAGAGAGAGACAGAUCUUAACGACAUGAAAUCGGAUGCAAAGCAUAUCAUCAGACAGUCGGACCAGGAUCAGGACUCGGGCGAACAAACAGAGACCCAAAGCACUCAUAGCAGUAGCUCAACACCCACAACAGCGGAUGUGGCCGAUGUGGAGACAGUCAGCUCAUUGCCUCUUUCACCGAUACCCGCAGCGCCAGUUACAUCAACAACACCCGCAACAUCCACUUCAUCAUAUGUAGUACGUCCUGGACAUCUAUUGAAACGUUUUGCGCCAUCGCUGAGGACCAAUAAGAAGAGCAACUGUAAGAGCAGCAGCGGUGGCGAUCACUUAGCCAAUCUGGAUAAUGUUCCAACGGUAAGCUGUCGUUCAGCUAUCAGGCCGACUCUCAUGAAUGUCGCUAACGCUUCCCUGCUUCUUCCUCCUCCCACGCUGGCAUCAACCUCGAUUACGCAGACAUCGUGCUAUGCGGCAACAGCCCAUCCAAGUGCCGCUUUUGCCGAAACGGCCCUGGCAUCAACAGUUGCAGCAUCAUCUGGUUCGAGUUGCUCUGGCUCUAGACCAUGCGGCGGUGGUGGUGGUGGUGCUGGUGGUGGAGCACUCUCCGGCGGCACUAGUAGCAGCACACAUCGACGCACUCAUUCGGCUGCUUCGUAUAUCUCCAUGCGAUCACAGGGAGGUGUCUCGGAGACGCCUGUGCCGCAACGGAAUCGUUUCUUUGAAUGGCUGCGCGUUGCAUGCAACAUAUGCUGCUGCAAGAGUUCUGGUAUUGGCGAGCCAAGUGUUCAUCAUGCGCUGGUUGUGAUAUUUCUAGAGUUCUUUGCCUGGGGUCUUUUAACAAUGCCCAUUAUAUCGACAUUAAACCAAACCUUUCCAGAUCAUACAUUUCUAAUGAAUGGCCUGGUAAUGGGCAUUAAGGGCAUAUUGUCAUUCCUGUCGGCGCCAUUAAUUGGCGCCCUCUCUGAUAUCUGGGGUCGCAAAUUUUUCCUAUUAGUCACAGUAUUCUUUACCUGCCUACCCAUACCGUUGAUGUCCAUCAAUACGUGGUGGUUCUUUGCCAUGAUCUCAAUAAGCGGGGCAUUUGCCGUUACAUUUUCGGUGGUCUUUGCCUAUGUAGCCGAUGUCACCACACCGGAGGAGCGUUCAAAGGCCUAUGGCCUGGCAUCGGCAACAUUUGCCGCCAGUCUUGUCAUUUCACCCGCCCUGGGUAAUGCCUUGAUGGACAUGUAUGGUGGCACACUUGUGGUCGCCUUAUCAACAGCCAUCGCCUUGCUGGAUGUGUUCUUUAUUCUAGUCGCUGUGCCGGAAAGUUUAUCCGAGAAAGUACGUCCCGCAUCAUGGGGUGCACCAAUUAGCUGGGAGCAGGCUGAUCCAUUUUUGGCUUUGCGUAAAGUGGGCACAGAUAAGACCGUCUUGAUGCUAUGUUUAACCGUAUUGCUAUCAUAUUUACCUGAAGCUGGCGAAUAUUCUUGCAUGUUUGUCUAUCUGAAGCUUAAAAUGGGUUUCAAUUAUAUGGAAGUAUCUGUAUUUAUUGCCAUUGUUGGUAUACUCAGCAUUACGGUUCAAGUGACGCUAGGUUCCUUUAUGAAAGUAUUUGGAGCCAAACGUACAAUUAUUGUGGGCCUGGCUCUGGAAAUUGUUCAGCUGUUGUGGUAUGGCUUCGGUAGUCAAAAGUGGAUGAUGUGGUCAGCUGGUGUAGUGGCUGCUUUAGGCUCUAUUACCUAUCCAGCAAUCAGUGCUUUCGUAUCACUAUAUGCUGCUCCCGAAAGUCAAGGUGCUGUUCAGGGCAUGAUCACGGGCAUGCGUGGCUUAUGCAAUGGCCUUGGUCCGGCAGUAUUUGGCGUUAUCUUUUAUCUAUUCAAUGUGGAUCUUAAUGAUGAUACCUAUGCCAAGAGUAGCGGCAAUCGGGCAACGAAUGUUGAGAAAAUCUCUCAACAUAUACCCGGUCCGCCCUUUGUAUUUGGUGCCCUGUGUGUGUUCUGCGCAAUUAUUGUGUCAUUAUUUAUACCAGAGGGACAGCAAACGAAUUUGGAGAAGAAAAGAGCCUCACUCGAUGUACAGUAUGAGAUUGAAACUGGUCACAAGGCGCCGAGUUCGUUGGCACCACUGAUACGAUCCGAUUCAUUGGCCCAGCUGUAGUUUGGUCCUAUCCGCCACAAUUAUUAACAACAAGAACAACAUCAUUGUCGUCGCUCUAUCCACAAGAACCACAACACACAGCUAGUGUCCUCUAUAUAGCCUAUUUCUAAGCAGACUUUUUUUUAGGAAGUAACAACAAAACGUUUUUGUAACUGUAACUAGUUUUGAAUGGAUGGAUGGCUAUGCCAAGGAUAAUAUGUUAUACAAUAUAGGGUUUUUUUUUUUUUUUAUUUUUAAUUGUUUGCCUUACCGCCGCCGCCGCCGCUGCAGCAUUAUAUCUUUUCAAAUGCUGCAAUAGUUUUCUUUUUCUGAUUUCUUUCUUUCUUGUAACUUUAAUUUGCCGUGUGCACACGAGACCUCAACCUAAUAAUUACAUAUGCCUAUAUAUAUAUAUA